AUGCUGCUCGCCUGGCCGUGGCUGCUGGCCCUGGGGCUGCUGGUGGGGCGUGGGGAGGCCCAGAGCUGCACCCAAGCGUAUGGAGUGAGUGCCUAUGAGGCAUGCCAGCAUUUUCCGUGGCGCUGGUUUGCGCCUGGCCAGGAUGGGGGGCCCGUUCCCACACCGAAAGGUCUCUGGGACCCGACCAGCAGUGGCCAUGCCCCUGAGUCGGCUCCCUCCUGCACCAACAUGCUGCCCUGUACCUCUGCUACGUCCCGAACUCAGUGGGGCAGCACUCCGGCCUCAGCCAAUGGCAGCGACAUGCUGCGGCGGCCGGAGAGUGGCUCAUGCCCCAUUUCCACCGGCAUGGAGGAGGAUAAGGCGGAGAGGAUCCCACGGAAAACCCUAACCCACUUCUGUCCCCUCUUCUCCCUCCUUCCAUCACCCGUUAUUCCAGGCCCGAAUUUGGCCAGAGGUCGGCCAACCAUGCAGGUCUCCCCAGUCGCAUCUUCAGGCCCUGGCAGUUCAGGCUGUGCUGUGGAUGGGAACUGUGAUGGGCGAUAUACGUCUUCAUCCUGCACUCACACCAAUCUGGUGAGCAGCCCGUGGUGGUCCGUGGACUUGGGCAGAGAAUACUCCAUCUCCCUUGUGGUGGUGAAAAACCGGCAGGACUGCUGCGAAGAGAGAAUCCAGGGGGCCACGAUCCAUGUGGGACGUCACAUGGGGGACUUUAGUAAAAGCAGCGUGUCCUGUGGGACCAUCGCAGACCUCCGGGCAGGAUCCCUCAGCACCAUCCACUGCAACGGAGCCGUGGGUCGCUACGUAACCAUCGCUAUCCCUGGACGGGUGGCAUACCUGACUCUGUGUGAGGUGGAGGUCUACGGCACCAAGGCACUGUCCCGUUGUUUUAUCUACAACUUUGACUUUGAAGUAGCCUUUAAGAUUCUAUGCUGCGUGAAACUCUGUAUCACUUCCAAGGUGUCGUUCCUUGAGCAAAGAGUUCAAUCACAUCGAGCUGAGAUUGUGAAGGUGCCAACAGAAGAAGUGACAGUCCCAUCAAGGAUGCUGCUGGCCUGGCUGUGGCUGCUGGCCCUGGGGCUGCUGGUGGGGCGUGGGGAGGCCCAGAGCUGCACCCAAGCGUAUGGAGGUCCGAAUUUGGCCCGAGGCAAGCCAACCAAGCAGUCCACCACACACCCACACAGUGGGGUGUCCAGCUCUGCUGUGGACGGGAACUGCAAUGGACUCCGGCCAGCCUUGACCUGCACUCACACCACCCUGCAGUACAGACCUUGGUGGUCCGUGGACUUGGGCAGGCCAUACGCCAUCUCCAUCGUGGUGGUGAAAAACCGGCAGGACUGCUGUUCAGAGAGAAUCCAGGGGGCCACGGUCUAUGUGGGACAUCGCCUGGGGGACUUUGGUUCAAGCACCGUCUCCUGCGGAACCGUCACAGACCUCCGAAGAGGAUCCCUCAGUUCCAUCUACUGCAACGGGGCUGUGGGCCGCUACGUAACCGUUGCCAUCCCCGGACGGGAAUCGAUCCUGACCCUAUGCGAGGUGGAGGUCUACGGCACCAGGACCCGUUGAUGUCAGAAAUCACAAUAUUGUCGUUCACCUCUGUGUGCCGGUGUGGAAUCGAGCACUGGAUUUCCAAUAAACUUCCUGGGAGGUGCUGCUUUGGACUUCAGCUGCUGCUCGCCAAGAUGGUUCCCAUACAGAGGAUUUGAUCUGGCCCAGAUCUCAAAUGAAGCCUCUACAUCAGGGGUGGCCAACGGUAGUUCUCCAGAUGUUUUUUGCCUACAACUCCCAUCAGCCCCAGCCAGCAUGGCCAAUAGCUGGGACUGAUGUAGGCAAAAAACAUCUGGAGAGCUACCGUUGGCCACCCCUGCCCUACACGACGUCCUCUCCCACUCAGACUCCUUCUGUCCCCUUCCGCGGUUUCUCGUGGUCUGCAGAACAUGCUAGGCUCUGACUUUCCAGAGACAACCAGCUCGAGGGGGAUUUUCCCACAGGUGAGGAAGUGUGGAUUUCUGGCACCAUUUCCCCUGCUUAUUUUAAUAUUUUUUAAUUAACUUAAAUCGGAUUUUUAAACUGCUCUCACCUGUGAAACAGGGCUCAGGGCAGUGUACAUCAACAAAAGAUUCACAUGAUAAAUACACUGUUAAAAUAAUAUUAAAAAAUCACAACUGCAUUAGUAAAAUAUAA